UCAGCUGCCUGCGAACGCAGCUUGCUACCGGAUUGAAAAUGUGUGUUUUGAUGUCUUUUAGUCUUGUUAGAAUGGGUUUUGUUAGAUCCUUUUGUAUAUACCGUGUUUAAGUCAUAUUUGGAUUAAACUGACCUCGCUACUGACGUCACAUCAUUUUUAAGCCAUUUAAGUUAACGUGACUUAAAGUGGUCAUGGUCAGUCGCAGAGAUGCGGUGGAAUUUUAUUUUAUCUUCGUGUUUCUUAUUAACAUUUGCGAAACUUCAGGCACGUAUAUUAUCACAGUUGAUGUAGGGAGAAAAAUAGGGGAGCUCAAACACUUCUGGAGAAGUACCGGCUUCUGCCCCCCUCUCCCUCACACCCAGGCUCACCAGUUUGACCUGAGCAUUGACCAGCAGCUGAACAUGGCCUACGUGGGCUCAGUUCCCCACGGAGGGAUCCAGCAGGUCAGGAUACACUGGAUGUUGGAGCUAAUCAGCGCACAAGAUGUUGGAGGACAAUCCCAGUACAACUUCACUAAACUGGACCAGCUGAUAGACCUUUUGUGGAUUAAUGGACUCCAACCAGGGUUUGAACUGAUGGGCUCUGUUUCCAACUAUUUCACUGAUUUUGAGAACAAAUCCCAAGUGGUGGAGUGGAGAAAUCUGGUUUAUCUCAUAGCCAAGAGGUACAUCGACAGGUAUGGCCUGGGAAGUGUUUCUCAGUGGAACUUUGAAACAUGGAACGAGCCCAACAACCAUGACUUUGAUAACGUCACUAUGACGAUUCAAGGGUUUCUGAACUAUUAUGAUGCCUGUUCAGAGGGUUUGCAUGCUGCCAGUAGUCUCCUCAAGUUUGGGGGUCCAGGAGACUCCUGCCAUUCUCCCCCGCACUCGCCGUAUUGCUGGGCCAUGCUGCAGCACUGUUACAAUGGCACCAACUACUUCACUGGAGAGAAUGGAGUCAGGAUCGACUUCAUCGCCCUGCACAAGAAGGGAGGAGGCUACUCGUUGCCCAUUCUACAGCAGGAAGUCCAGACAGUGGAGGAGAUCCAGGGGCGUUUCCCGCAGUUCCGCAGCCUCCCUGUGUACAACGAUGAGGCUGACCCUCUGGUGGGCUGGUCCAGGCCGCAGGAGUGGAGGGCUGAUGUGACCUACGCUGCCAUGGUGGUUAAGAUAAUAAACCAGCACCAGGAUCUGUUGCUGGUAGAACCAAAUAGCACCAUCAACUAUACCCUGCUGAGCAAUGACAAUGCCUUCCUCAGCUACCACCCACACCCCUUCACCCAGCGCACGCUGACCGCCCGUUUUCAGGUCAACAACACACAGCCACCUCACGUGCAGCUGAUCAGGAAGCCUGUCCUCACCGUCAUGGGCCUGCUGGCAUUGCUAGGAGAGACCCAGGUCCUGCAUCAGAUUUUGAACUCGGCAGGAACAAGCAGCAGCACAGUGGGAGUUCUGGCCAGCAGCCACAAGCCUGUAAUACCCGGCGGCUCAGACAGCUGGCAGGCAGCAGUGCUGGUCUACAACAGUGAUGACAACAGCACCUCCACAAAAACUGAUGACAUCACAGUGUCAUUGAAAGGACUGGCUGCUCAAAAGGGUCUGGUGUAUGUCACAUACUACAUGGACAACAACGUAACCAACCCAUACCAGCUGUGGCGGAACAUGGGCAGCCCCGACUACCCCACAGCAGAACAGUUCAGGAGCCUCAGGAGUGCGCAGGAUCCUCGUGUUGAUGGACCCUGGGAAGUUCCUGCUGGGGACACUCUGACUCUGAAAGUCAAACUGUCUGUCCCCUCUGUGCUCCUCAUCCAUGUUUGUGCACAACCCAAAGCCGUGCCGGACCAGGUUAAUGGAUUGCGCUUCAUCAGGAUCACCAAAGGCCAAGUCCUGAUUGUCUGGUCUGAUCACUGUAUUGAUUCCAAAUGUAUCAAAACAUUUGAAGUUGAAUUCUCAAAAAAAAUCAGCAGGAUUAACACACAGGACACUAUUUUUACUUCAUAUGUUUUUGCGCCUGCGGACCAGGAAGUUGAUGGUCUGUACAGAGUUCGAGCUAUGGACCACUGGGGAAGGCCUGGGCCAUACUCGCUGCCUGAGAGGUAUUCAGAGGAGCACUAGACCAGGGUCAGGUCUGCUCACAUGGAUAUUACCUUUGAAAAAACCUUUUAGAGACCGCAGCCUUCUGAUUCUAUAUGUUAAACAGCAUGGGAUGAUAAAGAUGUAGCUUCAUUUUAUUAUUUACUCAAACAACUGGACACGUUUUCAUAGAUGUUACUCAAAAAGAAGUAAAUAGCAGAAUUGGAUUCAUACACAGUCAGAUUAAUUGAUUUUUGUCUCUUCUGUGGAUUUGUUAACAGUAAGGAAAUACAGAAAAUAGCACAAGCUUUAUUCUUUCAUGUAGAAAUGAACAGGCCACCUGUGUCAUACAUCCCUAAGGACAAUUUGUUAAAUGCAGUGUUGGAAUGAGGCUUUGCUGAUCAUGUUUGCUGUGCACAAAAUGUGUCGAUACUCAGAUUUGUAAUCAACAAAAACAGAAACUUUCUUAACAAACUGUUGCAAUCAGACCAUCAGAGUCAUCCAUCUAAUGUUUUGGUCUGAUUAAUAAAAUUUAAAUAAUAUUAUGAUGAUAAUUCAUAUUACUUUGUCAUCUCUAAACUUAUGUUCUAUUUUUCACAUUUGAAAAAUGUCUUUUGAUUGUUUUGUGUUUACUCGCUAGAUAAGUAAAGUUUGGCUCAUUUUUUACAGAGACAAGGACAACAACCAGAUAUUAUAAUUUAUUAAUUCAGUUUAUCAGUUGAUGCUGUUUUGCUGUUCUUUUGUAUUUAAUGUGUGGUCAGUAAAACUGUCACAGUGCUGUUUUUAAUUGUUGCCUUUAGAUUCCUGCAUUGUUUUUGGUUUAAUAAUUGCAUCUUGUGAUGAUAUAAGCUGUAAUACCUGGAGACUGAAAAGAUUUUAUAAGUUAAGAUUAAGGUAUCUCAAUCUAUGAUGGCUAUAUGGAAAAACAAGGUUAUAUUGUGACUGUAAAACAUCACUAACAGAUGACAGAACAGCAGCAAACUAAUGUUAAAUAUAUUUAAUAACGUUAUGUCUUAAGGCAAAUUUACCUGUUGUUCACAUUCAAGAAAUGAUUAGUUUCAUGGUGCAUGCUUGUUUUUAAACAAACACUACCAGAUUUUUGAAGGAGUUUGGUGACUUUGUAU